AUGAUCAUGAGCUCUUAUUUGAUGGACUCUAACUACAUCGAUCCGAAAUUUCCUCCAUGCGAGGAAUAUUCGCAAAAUAAUUACAUCCCAGACCACAGUCCGGAAUAUUAUAGCCGGACAAGGGAGUCCAGCUAUCAGCAUCACCAUCAAGAGCUGUACCCAGUGCCACGACCCUCCUUCCCCGACCGCCAGUACAGCUGUGCUAGUAUCCAAGCUCCCGGCAACGCGGCCGCGCACCAAAGGGGACCCGGGCAAACUCCAGGAGGCCAACACCUCUCGGAGAAAGCGCAGCAGCUCUGCGAGCAGGCUGCUCUUUCCACCUCUUCCACCACUCCUUCCCCGGCCCCCGCAGCCUGCGGCCAGCCAAACCCCGAGCAUCCUAACAGCACAGCUUCCAAACAACCCAUAGUGUAUCCCUGGAUGAAAAAAAUCCACGUCAGUACUGUGAAUCCCAAUUACAAUGGAGGCGAACCCAAGCGCUCCCGGACAGCUUACACGAGGCAGCAGGUUUUGGAAUUGGAGAAGGAGUUUCACUAUAACAGGUACCUGACCCGCCGACGGCGCAUCGAGAUCGCCCACUCGCUGUGCCUCUCCGAGAGGCAGAUCAAAAUCUGGUUUCAGAACAGGCGCAUGAAAUGGAAAAAAGACCACAGGCUGCCCAACACCAAAGUGCGGGCGGCGGCGGCGGCCGCCCCCGCCGCCCCGUCGAGCACGGCCGCGGGCGAGGAGCUGCCCGCCGCCGCCGCCGCCGCGCAGGACCCGCGCACAGAGGAUAUCACCAGGUUAUAA